UUGCGUUGACUGUGAGCAUGGCAGGAAGAGCCGGCUGUGGGUCUGCGGACUCGGGAGAGAGAAAGGCCUGGGUAAAUUCGGCUGUCACCGGAAACCAGGGGCGAGAUAGGGAACUUGGGGAAGGGUCAGUUCAGUCAUAUGACAAUGAGGUUAGUAAUAAUGACUGCUUCAGGACACUGUUUAGAAAGUUAGUUAAGUUUCACUGUAAUUAUACAAAUGCCAGAUACUGAGCACUGAAUAAGUGACAACUGUUUCUAUAUUUAGAAGACACUUUGUUCUUUUCAUUUAGUGGCUUGGGUAAACCUCAAAGCCACUUUAUGAUGUCGGUAUAACCAUGUGCACCAAAAAUUAAAAAAUGAGAUUCAAGUUGGUGGAGUGAUGUGUCAGGUCACAAGCUAGCACGUGGGGAAGCUUGGAUGUAAAGGCAGGUGUGUUUUACCCUCAUUCUCUGGUAUCACAUCUGCCUGAAACACAGAACUGUAGCCAUCACAGCACUUAACAGAGUGGCCUGUCCAGAAGUCUCUGGUAUAUUGUGUGAAGUGAAUGUGAAGGGCAUCCUACCAAGUUGCAAAUGCAUUCUGGGGUUUCUAGUGUCUUCAGAUCCCUUGGGUAAGACAACGUUCCUGGCCCUUCCUGGACUUGCAAGCUAUCCGUGUUUAAGUCUGAUAUUACAGUGAGUUCCAAGAGUCAUAUUUUUUGCCCUCAAAUGAAUUUGCUUCCCAGCUGCUGGGCCCCAGUCUCUUGGGAAAAAGCAGCACUAGUGAGGUAGGAAGCAGGAGACCUCUGGGAACUGGAGUCUUACCUGGAAGAGAAUGCUUCUCUGACUUUUCACCUCUCACCAGAGCUUCAGAGGAGAGGCUGAAUUGCCCAGAAAUAAGCAGGUCCUGAUUUGCUCAGUCAAAAGCAGUUCUUGAUCCACCUGCCCAGAAUGAAGCAAACUCCGUGAUGUCACCACCACCAGAAGCCACCACAGACUGUCAGGCAGUGGAGGGUUUGGACCAGCUUUGAGAAGGGCGAGCUAAACUGUCACAGGUCUCUACAUUCUCCCAGGAGCUGUAGAAAAUGAAAAAAUCUCAGGCAUCAGUGUCAUUCAAGGACGUGGCUGUGGAGUUCACCCAGGAGGAGUGGCAGCACCUGGGCCCUGCUCAGAGGACCCUGUACAGAGAUGUGAUGCUGGAGAACUACAGCCACCUCGUCUCAGUGGGGUACUGCUUUACAAAACCAGCAUUGAUCUUCACAUUGGAAAAAGAAGAAGACUCAUGGUUAUCAGAGGAAGGAUUCCUAAACAGGAGCUAUACAGAACACUACCAGCAUGAGAAACUCAUAGAGAAGAAUUCAGAAAACCAAGGCAAACAAUGGUGGCAAGUUUUAUUUACCAAUAAAAUGUUGACUACAGAGCAAGAGAACAUCUUGGGAACACCAUGUAAUCUGGGCAUAAACACGUUUCCUUCAGGAAUAAUGCUUUCUAAAUGUGACAUUGCAGGACCUGCUUACCUUAAUCUAAGCUUAUUGGCCUCCCACUGUCGGUAUUCAAAAGAGAGGGCUGAAGAGUUUAAUGUAUGUGAGAAGUGGAUCCUCAGUAUUAAUGAUGGCAGAACUAAAACUGGAGAGAAAUAUUUUCAUUGUAAUAAAAAUGUGAAAGCCUUCAGUCAUAAGGCGCAAGUUAUUCAGAAUCAGACAGUUCAGAAUUUGGGGCAAGCUUUUGAAUACACUCAGUGUGGGAAAGCUUUCCUAGAGAAAGCUGCCUUUGUUGCAUCUAAGAAUGCCCACUCAAAAAUGGAAUCUUAUACAUACAAUGAAUAUUGGGAAAACCUGUUUGAAAAAUCUACUCUUAUUUUCUCUCAGAAAAUUGCUAAAGAACAUAAGUGUCACAAUGAACUUAAUGAAUAUAAAUGUAAUGACAAUUGGAUAAAUUUCAGUAGGAUCGCUCAACUUCGAAAAAUUGAUUCAGGAGGGAAAACUUUCAGCCAAAAUUCACACUUUAGAGAACAUCACAGAAUUCUUAUAGCGGUGAAACCAUUUCAAUAUGGAAAAUUUUUCUGCCAUGAUUCAGCCCUUCUGGUGCAUCAGAGAACUCACACAACAAAGAAAUUGUCUGAGUAUGCCGCAUGUAGAGAGACAUUCAGUCACCAGACAGCACCCAGUGUAUAUCAGAGAACUCACAUAAGGGAAAACCCCUAUGAAUGUAAGGAAUUUGGAAAAUCCUGUCCUAUGAAUUUAUGCCCAAUUAGGCCUCAUACAAGUUACCCAGGGGAGAAACCCCAUGAAUGUCAUGAAUGUGGGGAAACUUUCAGUGAGAAAUCACAGCUAAGGAAGCAUCAGAGAACUCAUAAAGGAGAGAAACUCUAUAAAUGUGAUGGAUGUGAGAAAACUUUUAGUGCAAAGUCUCGUCUCAGAAUACACCAGAGAAUUCACACAGGUGAAAAACCCUUUGAAUGUAAUCAGUGCGAGAAAUCUUUUAGUCAUGUAUCAAUCCUAAGGAAUCAUCAGCAAACGCACACAGAGGAAAGACCAUAUAAAUGUGAUGAAUGUGGAAAAGCUUUCAAACGGAAGUCAUGCCUAAGAAAACAUCAUAGAACUCACACAGGGGAGAAACCCUUUGAAUGUAAUGAAUGCGUGAAAUCUUUCAGUCAUUUAUCAAACCUACGGAAUCAUCAGCGAACUCACACAGGGGAAAGACCAUAUAAAUGUGAUGAAUGUGGAAAAGCCUUCCAACGGAAUUCAGGCCUAAGAAAACAUCAUAGAACUCACACAAGGGAGAAACCGUAUGAAUGUAAUGAAUGUGGAAAAGCUUUCAGUGAGAAUUCGAUUCUAAGAGCACAUCAGAGAACUCACACAGGAGAGAAACCAUAUAAUUGUAAUCAGUGUAGAGAAUCUUUUAGCCAGAAAUCCUAUCUCAGAAUACAUCAGAGAACUCACACAGGGGAGAAACCCUAUAAAUGUGAUGAAUGUGGGAAAUCAUUUAGGCAGAAAUCACAUCUCACAGGACAUCAGAGAACUCACACAGGUGAGAAACCUGAUGAAUGUUAUGAUGAUGGAAAAGCUAUCAGUGAGAAUUCAGUUCUAAGAAAACAUCAGAAAAUUCACGUAAGGGAGGGACUCUUUGAAUGCAAGGAAUGUGGGAAAUCUUUCAAAUAUAAGUCAACCCUCAUAAUACAUCAGAGAUCUCACACAGGGGAGAAGCCCUUUGAAUGUAAUGAAUGUGAGAAAUCUUUCAGUUAUGUAUCAGUCCUAAGGAAUCAUCAGCGAACUCACACAGGGGAAAGACCAUAUAAAUGUGAUUACUGUGGAAAAGCUUUCAGGCAAAAUUCAUGCCUCGGAAAACAUCAUAGAAAUCACACAGGGGAGAAGCCUUAUGAAUGUAAUGAAUGUGGAAAAGCCUUCAGUGAGAAUUCAGUUCUAAGAAAACAUCAGAGAACUCACAAAAGGGAGGGACUCUUUGAAUGCAAUGAAUGCAGGAAAUCUUUCAAAUAUAAGUCAGUCCUCAUAGUACAUCAGAGAACUCACAGAGGGGAGAAACCUUUAGAAAGUAAUGAAUGUGAGAAUUCUUCCAGUUAUAUAUCAGACCUAAGGAAUCAUCAGAGAGCUCACACAGGGGAGAAACACUUUGAAUGUAAUGAAUGUGAGAAAUCUUUUAGUCAUAUAUCAGAUCUAAUGAAUCAUCAGCGAACUCACACAGAGGCGAGACCAUAUAAAUGUGAUGAAUGUGGAAAACCGUUCAUACAGAAGUCAUGCCUAAGAAAACAUUGUAGAACUCACAGAGGGGAAAAACCCUAUGAAUGUAAUGAAUGUGGAAAAGCUUUCAAACGGAAGUCAUGCCUAAGAAAUCAUCAUAAAACUCACACAGGGGAGAAACCGUAUGAAUGUAAUGAAUGUGGAAAAGGUUUCACACAGAAGUCAUGCCUAAGAAAACAUCAUAGAACGCAUACAGGAGAAAAACCCUAUAAUUGUAAUCAGUGUGGAGAAUCUUUUAGCCAGAAAUCAUAUCUCAGAAUACACCAGAGAACUCACACUGGGGAGAAACCCUAUAAAUGUGAUGAAUGUGGAAAAUCAUUUAGGCAGAAAUCACAUCUCACAGGACAUCGGAGAACUCACACAGGUGAGAAACCCUAUGAAUGUAAUGAAUGUGGAAAAGCUUUCAGUGAGAAUUCAGUUCUAAGAAAACAUCGGAGGACUCACACAGGAGAGAAACCUUAUACAUGUAAUCAGUGUGGAGAAUCCUUUGCCCAGACAUCAAGCCUCAGAGUACAUGAGAGAAAUCACACUGGGGAGAAACCCUACAAAUGUGAUGAAUGUGGAAAAACGUUCAGCCAGAAAUCAAGCCUUAGAGAACAUCAGAAAUCCCACACCAGGGUUUAAACAUAUGAAUGCUAAUAAUGUGAGAAAUCUCUGAGCUGGAAGUCAUACAUCAUGAAACACUAGAGAAGAGGCACAGGAAAGUGAAACCUUUGGAAUAAAUGAACAUUGGAAGUUCCUCUGCAAAAUAUCAGCCUUCUUUAUAUAUCAGAGAACUUACAUGGGUGAGAACUUCUUGAAAUAUGUUUUAUAUAGAAUGUCUUUUAGUGAUAGUAUAGUCCUCAUUGGAUAGCAGAAAAUUCACCCACAAAUGAAACCCUGUAAAACUAAUGUGGGGAACAUUCUGUGUGAACUCAACCUUCAGAAAACUCACGUGUUGGAAAACUUCUGAGAAAAUUAUAAUGUGAACACUUUGUGCCAGGAUUCAUAAAUACUUCAUGAUUAGUCAAAUCAUCCAGUGAGAAAACCUGGAAUGUAAUAAGUGGAUGGUAACCCUAAACCAAAAGCCAACUUUCUCAGUACAGCAGAAGAUACAUUGAGUGUGGACCUCUGCAUGUAUCACAACAAGGAGACGCUAUGAAGGUAAUGCAUAUUGAAAAUCCUUCAGUAUAUCCAUGCUCAAUUUGACUUACCCAGGGAUAUCAUAGAAUGACUAUUAUUUGUCUACGAGUAACCAUUUCCUCUUUUGCCUUGUGGCACGCCAAGUCUAAGUUUCCCAACCUCUCCAUCGAAGUGUGAUCAUGUCACUAACCUCUAAUUAGUGGAAUAUAGGAAUUGGUGAUCAGACCCAUUAAAGAUAGCUCUCAAAAUUUCAUUGUGUUCUCCUGUCCUUUGUCAGAAUGGAAAAGAGAUUAUGGGAAGGAAAUCAUGGGACUCAUGCACUUAUGAAGGGAAAGUACAAAAUGGAAGGAGCCGUGGUCAGAAAGUGAUUAUGGAACAGAGUUUUCUCCUCCAUGUACACAGGUGGACUUAGCCUGAUAAGGAAAUAAACUUGUUUCUGAUGAACUUCUGCAGGUUUACAUGUACUUGCUACUAACAUACUCACCAUAGGUUAAGAAAAUAUGACAUCUGUGAGACCUGUAAUCUCAAUGUAUAUCAGAAAAUUCCACAGGACAACCCCUGAUGACAAUCCUACAUACCAUCCCAGAAUUGUCCUUCACUGUGAAUCAGGUAAAUAUCAGUGGACAAAUCCAGUAUUUCAAUACAUAUCGAAAAGCCUUACCAAAAAGAACUGCUGUCUCCUUGAAUAUCUGUUCAUUAAGUUUUUUUAAUUCAAUUUUAUUGAACUAUAUUCACAUACCAUACAGUCAUCCAAAGCGUACGAUCAGUUGUUCACAGUACCAUCAUAUAGUUGUGCAUUCAUCACCCCAAUCUAUUUU